GUGCCAGGAUUCCUGGAACAGACAGUUGUGAGCUGCCACAUGGGUGCUGGUAAUUGAACCCCGUCCUUUGGAAGAGCAACCGGGGCUCUCAACCACUGAGUCAUCUCUCCAGCCCCAGUACUUAUUUCUUUACACAACAAGCCAGAGGAGCUGGGGUGUACUGGAGGAGAGACUCCGGUGAAUGGCAGGUGUCCCAUAAGUCUGGUCCAGUUAAUAAUCUAUUCAGUGAUAUUUUGUCUGCCAUGUGUUGCUAUAGUCAGCAGAGUACUAGGUUGAAUAAAUUUGAAAAUAAUGAGUCAUAACCCUUCUCACAAGCUACUUACAAUGUCAUGGAACAAGGCAUAUGCGAAACUACAGGUCAAAUGUAAUAAACUGGAUUUCAUUUUAAAAAAUGAAUUUCAAACUACAAAAUUGUGACUACCUUAGAAAAUAGGGUAGUAUAAAACAGAAGCAAUCAGCCCUCAUUUGCAGAUUCUGCAUUUGCGAACUGCCUAGUCCCUAAAACCUAUCUCUAGUGCACAAGCCGAUCCUUUCAGUGUUUUCACAGUAACCAACUUUAGUUGCCUAGUGUGCUGUGUUCCUAGCUGAGACUGAGUAAGGCACACUGCCCUCUUGAGUUUCCAGGUUGUAAGAAAGCAACGUUUUUACAGCCUACUUAAUCCACACUUGACUGGUUUUGCUGUUUUCUAAAAACGGUCCCUAAACACACUGCUGUAAGAUUCUGAAGGGACAAAGGAAAUGAUGUGAUAUAUAGAGAAAAUAUGUAUACUAAAUAACCUUCGUUUAGGCAUGGAUUGGAAUGCGAUUGGACCUGGGUUUAAAGUUAGUGAAGUAACAAGAAACAUGCAUAAAACAAGAUUUCAUAUUGGCUGAUGAAAACGUCAUCAGAAGCCAAGUGUGACAGUACAUGCCUGUAAUCCCAGCACUGACAUCGAUGUGAGGUGAGUUUGAGGCCAGUAUUUAUCACCUAGCAAGAUUUUUUUUUUUUUUUCAGAAUGUAUGCGUUGUGCGCGCACGCAUGUGUGAAAUCAGGCACUCAACUUUCCUCGUAAUUCACGAAUUCAGCAUUCCUGGCAUGUUUAUACAAUUUAACUACUUCAGAGAAAGAGAAUCAGCUACACUGUGAAAGUAAAGUAUUUCUCAAAAUUAACAGAAGGGGGAACAAAAGAAACAAAACCCCCGAACUUCCCCAAGAAAAUAUACGCAGCUCUACUAAAACAAACUCCGCAAGCAGCGACCCUAGCUCCCGGUGCCCUCUGCUUUUGGCCUCGCUCUCCUUCCUGUGUCUUCCUAUGUUUUCCAAGAAUCUCCGACUCCUACGCUAGAUCUCACAGACACGGAUAAUCAACACAACGUAAGUACAAGUGUGUUCCCCCGUGACAUCCUAAAUUAGACUGUAAGCCCCACCUGCCCAAAGACAGGUAACUUCCAGGGAUUCUGGGAGUUGUAGUUCUUUAAAAAAAAAAAAAAACAAAGUCUCAUGAGAAAGUACGGUGGCCUAUGAGUUUUGACAGUAAAAGCCACCCCCCUUACACACACAGGUAUCUCAGGGCCACUCAGCUAGAAAGUUUCAGGGAGUGAUCCUGACCAAGGUCCAUCGUGGACAGUAUUUAAACUUUAGUGAAAACAUCUUUUAAAUAUGGCCCGAAAAUGGUGGGAUCAGUUUUAUUCCGGCGAAUCGCAGAAUCAACAGUAUUUAGAUGUAUUCCCACAAAAUUAAUUUAUAAAAAUCUGAAGUCCGAAGUUCUAUGGAAACCUACAGAACAGUAUUUCCUCAACAUCUAUCUGCCUUUUGGAUCUGCCCGAGCACGUGAAAAACACACCAAGUCUCCAUCAGCGCCAGCUCAGAGGUGUUCAUAGAGACGUCCGGCACUAGCGUUCUGCUCCUUUAAGAGGCGGUCCGAAGUUUUGCCCUACGCGGAAACGGCUUCCCGCACACACUCUGCGCAUGCCCAGAGUCGCGCAGUCGAAGGACUUGUCCCAGAAGGCAAGAUGGCGACCCAGCCUACGGAGAGACGCUCCUCCCAGCAUGCCUAGCGGCCGGGCCGGAGCCGAGGCGGAGUGAUGGAGAUCCGGCGGGACCCUGCGAGUGGCCGGGGCUGAGGCGCAGCCGCGAGCCUGAGCGUUGGACGCUCGCCGAGAGCUGAAAUGGAGACGUGGCGCUGUGUGCGGAGGGGCUACGGCCGCUGUGUGGCGGGGCGAGGCCGGUACUCCAUGUUUCCCCAUCCACUGAAGAGUUGGGGUCGAGACUGGAGCACACCGUGGGAAGAUCUGCAGAGGUAUUGUUGGAACAGACACAUUUCCAGUUGUCUGCGGUGGCCUGGACACUACUCACGUGCGCCUUACCCAUACUUGAGUAGCAGGCAUUUCUCACUGAACUGCAGACCAACUCUUCUGGUUGACUCUGGGACUCAGUUUCAGUUCUAUAAUUGGAGACCUGACCAUCUGCACAACACAUCCUUGUUCCAUCUCUCCAGUUACGUCAUGAGCUCUGACAGAGAUGAGCCCUCAUCCAAACGAAGAAAACGCCAUGGAACAAUAAAAAGGAAUUGGGAGUAUUUAUGUAGCCAUAAUAAAGAAAAGAUGAAGGACGGAGAAGACAAGAAUGCCGACUCCACGUGUGAGGACAGUGAAGGAAAGUUCGACUUUUCAGUGAUGUCUUACAAUAUCCUCUCCCAAGACUUACUGGAGGAUAACUCGCACCUCUACAGACACUGCCGGCGUCCAGUGUUACACUGGAGCUUCCGGUUCCCCAAUAUCCUGAAAGAAAUCAAACAUUUUGAUGCCGAUGUAAGUGUGAAGCCGUGUCAGAGCUUCUGUUCCGAGGACAGUGUGGUCGAUUGUGCAUUCCUGGGCAGUGUCUUAGUGAGGGGGAGCCCUUUCUGUCUCUCUUUUCUAAAUUCAUUCCUUCUAGGUUAUCACUGUGAAUAUAAGAUGAAGACAGGAAGGAAACCUGAUGGCUGUGCCAUUUGCUUCAAACAUGCCAAAUUUUCACUCCUCUCCGUGAACCCAGUGGAAUUCUGCCGUCGUGACAUUCCUCUGCUGGACAGAGACAACAUUGGAUUAGUGUUACUCCUGCAGCCCAAGAUGCCACGUACUGCCUCUCCCUCCAUCUGUGUAGCUAACACUCAUCUGCUGUAUAACCCACGGCGAGGUGAUAUUAAGCUGACUCAACUGGCAAUGCUGCUCGCAGAGAUUUCCAGUGUGGCCCAUCAGAAAGACGGCAGCUUCUGUCCCAUCAUCAUGUGUGGUGACUUUAACUCUGUUCCUGGUUCUCCACUCUAUAGUUUCAUAAAGGAAGGAAAAUUGAAUUAUGAAGGACUUGCAAUUGGAAAGGUAUCUGGCCAGGAACAGUCAUCUCGGGGACAGAGAAUCUUAUCUAUUCCAAUUUGGCCCCCAGACCUGGGCAUCUCCCAGAGCUGUGUGUAUGAGACACAGCAGGUUCCCAGAGCAGAAAAGACAGACAGCGGUCUGACGGAGGCCCCACUGGAGAAGGCAGAGGUCGGAGUGUCAGCUGAAAACAUGUCUUCACAUCUCCAGCACCACUUCAGCUUGUCAUCUGUUUACUCUCACUACCUUCCUGACACCGGGCUUCCAGAGGUGACCACCUGCCAUUCCCAGAGCGCCAUAACUGUUGACUAUAUUUUCUACUCUGCAGAAAAGGAGGAUGCUGCUCGGGGUCCAGGAGCUGAAGUUGCUUUGGUUGGUGGCUUGAAACUUCUAGCUAGACUGUCGCUUCUUACAGAGCAAGACCUGUGGACCGUGAAUGGGCUUCCCAAUGAACACAACUCCUCAGACCAACUGCCUCUGCUGGCUAAGUUCAGGCUGGAGCUCUGACUCAGUGCUCACUCGCACAGCUUCCUGUCUUCCCAAAGACUAUGAAGAUACUGUUUGCAUGAUAUUCAUAUUUGUGCUGUGGGGUUCUGAACUUGCUUGAGCAGAUUGGAAGGAACAAGUUUACAACAGCUUUUUAAUGGAAUAUUUUUCUGACAACUGAUGUCUAAACACUUUAUUGUAAAAGAUAGAAAUAACUUUUAAGUCCUGGUGAAGUUAACAGCAUUUUUAAAAUGUAGUUCCUCUCCUUGGCCCUCCAGCUAUGAACUUAGUAUAUCCAGUGGACCUCCGGGACUAGCAGAGCUCAGGCAUUGCCUCUCAUGGAGGUCUGGUUUCACUGGGAGAAGUCUGUGCUUGCUGAGAGCUAAUCAGUUCUUAGGAGUCACUGGUCAUUCAGUCACAGGUGUCCAACCACAGUAGCUCCUCAAGGGCUUGAUGUACUCUUGAGUUGUACAAAUGCUCACCCACUUCACUCCAUCCUGAGCUGUGGGACAUGCCUACACUUUUUAGGGGAAAUACUUGAGGAAUAUAGGUCAUUCUCAUAAGAGGGCAAAGCUCUUAGCCAACAUGGUGGUACGUACCUUACAUCUUAGCAUUUGGGAGGUGGAGGCAGGAUUAGCAUUUAAAGCCAACUUUAGCAACAUAGCAAAUUUGAGACCUGGGCUACAUGAAACCCUGUAUUAAAAAAACAAAAGCUGGAUUGAUGGUGUCCCAUGCUUUUAAUCCCAGCACUCAGGAGGCAGAGGCAGGCAAAUCUAGUUCAAGCCCAGCCUGGUCUACAGACUGCGUUCCAGGACAGCCAGGACUACACAGAGAAACUUGUAGCCAAAAAAAAAAAAAGAGGUCCAAGUGCUUUAUCUAAGCCCACUCCUGUCCUGUACAGGGGUUGCCCCAAGGAGAGCAGAUGAGCCAGGUGCAGCCAUGCACGUGUGUAGUGCUAGCAUCCAGGAGACAGGCAGGAACAUUACAUGUUCAGGGUCAGCUUGGGCUACAGCAAGACCCUGACUCAAAGAUAGACAAGAAGGCGGCAAACCCUGGCUUGUAACUGUGUCCCCCUGUACUUCCCUUUCUGUUUGGUGACAGUAGAAUACCCUUGGGUCAGGAGUGACAUUUUGUUGACCCAUUUUAUAUAAAUUUUAGAAAAUCAGUCUUUGGAAGGAAGCAGCAGCUCUACUCCUAUUGUUGUUCAUCUCUAGCGUGCAGAAGCCAGAGCGUAGGGAGGCACGGCUUAGGCCCCGGAGCUGCACACUCCACGCUUCCGCAGAGUAACUCUAGGCCGCAGUGUUGAGCUUUCUGGUGCAGUGGUGCAGCAGUGUGCCAUGGUGCUUACACUGGGUGAAGCCUCACAGCCGGUCUGACAAGGCCUGUUAGCUCUCCCUGUGCAAGUGCCGGUUAAACCUUUCAAUGUAAGUAGAAAUUCCCUCUGCUUUCUAAGAUAGUAGAAUCAGAUUACAGGCAUUUUUACUAAGUCCUUAUAGUGCAGUAAAUUACAAGUGUUUUCUACAGCGAUUUUUAUUAAUAGAAUGUUUUAAAUUAGGCAGUAAGUCUUUGCAAUUUUAAGUUAUUUAUUAGUUAUUUUAGUCUACGAGAUGACUGCCUCAGAGGUACAGAGAUUGUAAAGACAUGUCCACUGAGAACUGCAGUGACAAAGGUCUCACCUUGGUUUUCAUGACAGUAUUAACAUAGUGCCAGAUGCCCCCAGUUUUCAGUAGUGCUAAGGGUCUGGUUAUCAGAUUAUAGUGGUAAUUGUCCCUUUUUAAUAUGGGGGUUGAGUGAAUUAGUGUAAACAUUGUUGGCACACUGACAUUCCUGAAAACCUCUGCAGAACGUUUUUAUAUCCUGAUGAGUAUGUUAUGAGUUAGGCCAUUUCAUGUACUUCACUUUGAUACAGUUAACCUGUAAACUGCUGUUAGCUUAUCAGUGUUCAUCUGUGGCCCAGACACUUUUCACAAGCUUUUUGAGCUCCAAUAAAAACGAUCUAUUUUCUCUACUCUUCUGACAGAAAAGCUGGCAGCUCUUCUGGUGGGCCUUGUGUUUACCUGUCAAGCACAAUCUGAUCUGGCUGACUGCAGAAGUCAGCUCAGUUUCAAAUGUGUACUGUCGUGUGUGUGUGUGUGUGUGUGUGUGUGUGUGUGUGUGUGUGCGCGCGCGCGCGUGCGUGCGUCUAGAGACCAGAGGUGAAUCUUGGGUGUUAUUCCUCAGGAGCUGUCCACCUUCUAUUUUUAAGAGAGGGUCUCUCACUGACCUGGAACAUGCCAAAGUAGGGUAAGCUGACUGACCAGCAAGGCCAAGAUCCCUCUGUCUCUGCCUCCCUCGUGUGGGAUUACAUGUGGAUACCUACCUGGCUUCUCAUGUGGUCCUGGGCUCACACUCAGGUCUUCCUCUAACUGAGCCAUCUCCCCAGCCUCCUGCUGGCCAAGGUUUAAAAAAAAAAAAGGGAAACUGUAAAGUGAUGGUAGUCUGGUUCUACUGUACCUUUGCCAUCAAGACAAUAGGAAUGCUCAAGUCCUUUCUACUUUGUAUCUAUAAACUGUAAUAAAUUAUUAUAUUUGCA